UAAAAAACAUCGCACAAAAUUUAAAAAAAAAACAUGAAAUUGAUUUCAUUAUUAGUAAAUAUUUUAGUAAUUUUUCAAAUUGUAAUAGUAAUUAAAGGUAUUAAUAAUAAUUGGAAAGAAUCUAAAUGGUUGCUAUACAAAGAGGAUUUAUAUUAUGUUAUUAAUACUCCAAAUUAUUUUUCAUAUCACGAAGCCCAGAUGUUUUGUCUAGACAAUGGCAUGAUCAAUUUUAUACAGCCAAUGGAAUAUGUUGGAUUAGGAAUCUUAUUAACAGAACAAUUUGGAAAAAAAUAUCCCUUAUGGUUAUUGGAUGAGAAAUUUGUAUAUGGUAGUACGUCAAUGAAUCCGAUUUUUGAAAACUGUACUGCAUUAGAUAAAAAUGAAUCGACUAAAAUGAAUUGUACAACUAAAUUAGGUUUAAUUUGUAAAGCGACAAUUUUCGGAGGAAUUAUACAAUACAGAAAUGGUACUCAUCUUGAAAUGAACAUAGAUGAAGUCAAUCGUUUCUGUAAUCCCACAUCGAAUGAAUAUGACAAGUUAAUAGAAUUUUGUUUAUUAAUGUUUAAUCAGCCAAUGUUAUAUGUUUAGAAAUAUUGAAAUCUAUAAAUAAAUUUUAACAAUAUAAUUAGUUUUAUUCAGUGAGUUUUAUCUCCAAUCACAA